AUGCAGUCGCUGUCGCCGAAGCGCAGCAACCACACGCUCGACGUCAACCGCUCUCGCUCGUUCAACGACGGCGCCGCGACGGCCGCCGCGCACCGCUUCUGGGAGAAGGACCCGCCGCCGACAACGGUGCUGAUCGACGAGGCGGGUGACCGGUUCGUCUGGGAGCACCACACGAUGACGCUGACGCGCGUCGCCGGCUUCGGUUUCGGCAUCGCCGUCAGCGGCGGCACGGACAACCCGCAUUUCGCGAGCGGCGACCCGUCGGUGGCGAUCUCGGACGUGCUGCGCGCGGGCCCCGCCGAGGGCAAGCUGCUCAUCAACGACCGCAUCCUGAGCGCGAACGGCGCGCCACUAGAGGGCGUCGACAAUGCGACGGCGAUCCGCGUGCUCAUGGAGAGCGGCGACACGGUGGCGCUGCGCGUGCGCCGCAAGACGCUGCUCGCCGCCGAGCCGGAUGAGACGCCGCGACGAGUCGUGCUGGCGCGCGCGCGCCGCAAGGCCGACUACGGCGUCGUGCUAGGCUGCCGGCUCUACGUGCGCCGCAUCGUCGGCGACAGCGUCGCCGCGAACGACGGCACCGUGCGCGAGGGCGACACCGUGCUCAAGCUGAACGGCACCGCCGUCGAGACGCUGUCGCUCGCCGACGCGCAGAAGAUCAUCGACAAGGGCAACAAGGACAAGCUGAGCCUCGUGAUCUCGCGCGGCGCGGCGCGGCCGCCUCCUCCGUUCGUCGUCACCGGCAGCGGCGGCUCCAUGCACGACGUGAACUACGCGGUGGCAGCGGCGGCCGGGAUGGCGCGGCCCGCGUCGGCGCACGACGCGCGCUCGCCAGACGGCCGCAAGCCGAGCAACAUCGAGGGACUGCAGCGCAUGCCAAGCCGCAACCGCAACCCUGUCUACGAGGCCGGCGGACUCGGACGCCUCGAGGAGCCGCCGCCAGGGGGCGUCGCGGUCGCGCGCACGCCGUCGUCGCCGGGCAGCGGCGGGGACGAGCCGCCGCGGUCGCCGCCCGUGCCUCCGCCGCCGCCGCCGCCCGCGCAGCCGCACCCGGGGCUCGGCGACCGCCAGCUGGCGCUCACCAACGGACAGCUGCCGGUGCCGAUCUACGAGGGCUACUACAGCAACGUCGGGCAGCGCGCGCCGCCCGACCCGCGCUUCAUCUCCUUCCGCAAGGAGGGCAGCGUCGGCAUCCGGCUCACCGGUGGCAACGAGGUGGGCAUCUUCGUCGCAGCGGUGCAGCCUCGCAGCGCGGCGGCGCUCGCGGGGCUGCGUCCGGGCGACCGCAUGCUGAAGGUGAACGAGCGCGCGAUGGAGAGCGUGACUCGCGAGGAGGCCGUGCUCUUCCUGCUCAGCCUGCGCGACCAGAUCGACAUGAUCGUGCAGUUCCGGCGCGACGAGUACGAGCGCGUCGUCGCGAUCCAGCUCGGCGACAGCUUCUACGUGCGCGCGCACUUCAACUACGAGCAGACGGAGAAGGGCGAGCUGAGCUUCCGCACGGGCGACGUCUUCCACGUCAAGGACACGCUGCACAAUGGCGUCGUCGGCGCGUGGGAGGUCGCGCGCGUCGGCCGCGGCAACGAGGAGACGCAGAUCGGCGUGCUGCCGAAUCAGAGUCGCGCCGAGCAGCUGGCGCUCGCCGCGGCGGCGUCCGGAAACGGCAGCGGCACAAAGACGAUCGGCCGCUCGACGUUCUUCCGGCGGCGCAAGAGCGCGCGCCGCUCCAAGUCGCUCAACCGCGACCACUGGGACGAGAUCGUCUUCUCGGAGGCCGGCUCCAAGUUCCCGGCGUACGAGAAGGUGCGCUGGAAGUACCCGGGCUUCGUGCGCCCCGUCGUCAUCUUCGGCGCGCUCGCCGACGUCGCUCGAGAGCGCCUCCUGGCGGACAUGCCCGACAGCUUCGAGUCUCCGCAGACGGAGGCCGGCGACGGCAGCGGCGGCAGCGAGAAGAACAAUCGGUCGGGGAUCGUGCGUCUCGGCGCGAUCCGCGAGAUCAUUGAGCGCGAUCGCCACGCCGUGAUCGACGUGACCCCGAACGCCGUCGACCGGCUCAACUACGCGCAGUACUACCCGAUCGUCGUCUUCCUGCGCGCCGACGGCAAGAGCCAGGUGAAGACGCUGCGCGCGCGUGCGGGCCCCGGCGCCGGCCGCGGCUCGCGCAAGCUCUACGAGACGGGCGUGCGGCUCGAGAAGACGUACGCUCACCUGUUCACGGCGACGGUGUCGCUGACGACGGCGAGCGACGCGUGGUACGCGCGCGUCCGCGACGCCGUCGACGCGCAGCAGCAGCAGCCCGUCUGGAUGUCGGACGCGAAGCUCGGCGGGGUCGGCGGACUCGACGACGAGUUCCUCUUCCCGAUGACGACGCGGCUGAGCUACGCGUCGCGCGACGCAGAGAGCGACCUCGACGUCGGCUCCGACACGGAGGGGGUCGGCGGCGGCGGUGGCGGCGGCGGCGGCGGAGGCCUGCGACCGUCGAGUCUGUUCGGGGAGACGUUCCGCGCUUCGCGGCCGAUCGCGCGCGCCUCGUCCGUCAGCGAGACGGACCAGGCGUACGACGGCGACCCCGACCGCCCGGUGCGUUACCACGGCGACCGCGCGCACGCCGACGCCUACUACGCGGGUUACUACGGCGACCGCGGCGGCGGCAAUCGCAUCGAGGCGUACGCGACGCUGACGCCGCGGCAGCGGCACAUGCACGCCACCUACGCGCCGCCGCCGGCCGUGCCUGGCGUCUGCGCGAAGCCGCCGCGCCAGUUCGACGACGACUCUGACAUGGCGGCGAACCGCUACCCGACCGAGACGGAGGACUUCAACGGGGGGUUGCCGCGGCAACGCUUCGAGCCGGCGGAGCGGGACGCGGGCGGCGCGGCCGAUUUCGCGCGCUGCGUCCAGCAGUCGGUCAACGAGAAGUUCGGCACGCCGAUGACCGGCGGCGGCGGCGCGUGCGAGAAACCUCCGCCGCCGCGUCCGACGCCCUCAUCUCGCCUUAGCGCCGCGCGCGACCUUCGCACGACUCGUCCAGGCGUCGGCGGAGCCGCUAAGGACGAGCUGCCCGCUAUCGGAGCCGCCAAAGUACCCAGCCGCGUGCGUACUACGGCAGCCGUACACACCGGCCAAGAAGCGGCCUGCGCGGUGGAGGGGACGCGCGGCCGGGCAGCGCGGAGUACCGCAUCCAGCCCGCUGAGCUGUUCAAGGACAGGAGUCAGCCCGGCGCAUACCGGCUGCCGACGAGCGAAGUACGGCGAGGCGCGCGACGUCGUUGCGGCUCGGCGACCGGCGGCGUCUGCCGACGGCGGCAGCUGGCGGCGCGGGAGAACCACAGGCGUCGUGCGGCGACAGCAUGACGGCAGAGCUAGCCGGGGGCCGGCGGGCCGACGAUGUUUUCAGGCAAGCUCUUUGCUCGGCCGGCCGGCGAGCAAAGAUGCGCAGCCGCUGCGUGGACAAACAAGCAGUGGCCGACGACUGGCAGGCACCGACGCGACCCCAGCUGCGGCGCCGCCCGCCGCGGCCGCGCCGGCGCCCCCUACCAGUCAGUCAAGUGCAAUUCCGGCCGGCGACGGGAGUCGGGUCAAGUACGGGUCCCCGGCGGCGACAGGGAAGGACGGCACGUCAGCAGCAGCGCCCUCUCGCGACAAAGAUCCGCUGCCGGCAAAACUCGCCAAGCCGCUGCGUGAGAGCCCCCUGGCGGGGGCGCUGUCGGCGACAGCGGCGGCGGCAGCGGCGACGGGGGAGCCUCGUCGCAGCGCGUUCGCUCCGUACACGAAGCCGACAACGACGAACGGACCGAAGGACGCGUCGUCAUCAUCAUCAUCGUCGUCGCGCCCCGCGCCGCCGCCGAAACCCCCGAAGCCCGUCGUCUCCUCCCUGCAGCCUCCUCCUCCCGCCGUUCCCCCUCUCCCUCCUGCCACCUCCUCCUCCUCCUCUGAGAAGCCGCUGCCACCGACGGAGCCGCCGAUCGGCGAGAACCACCGCGUCGUCGCGACGGCGCGCGGCACGUUCGACCACACCGGCGGCGAGCUCGUCUCGGCGGAGACGGGCGUUAGCAUCGUCGUGCCGCGCGGCGCGAUCCCGGAGGGCGUGCGGCAAGAGAUCUACUUCAAGGUGUGCCAGGACAGCAGCAUCCUGCCGCCGCUCGACGCCGAGAAGGGCGAGACGCUGCUCAGCCCGCUCGUCAUGUGUGGCCCGCACGGCCUCAAGUUCCAGCAGCCCGUCGAGCUGCGGCUGCCGCACUCGGCGUCCGUCAACCCGGAGAGCUGGAGCUUCGCGCUGAAGUCGAGCGAGACGCCGACGGGCCAGCCGACGGAGUGGCAGAACGUGCAGCUGGCGGGCGUCGACGGCGUGUCACAGCCGGGACGCGUCGGCGCCAACAGCGUGUCGGUGCUCGUCGAUCACUUCUGAGACUUUUUCCUCGCGCUGUUGUCUUUUUCUCGCUCCCACUCUCACUCUUGUUUCUCAUUCUCCCUCUCUCUCUC